AAACCAAACCAAAACAACAACAACAACAACAACAACAACAAAAACUGUGCGUGAAGGGGGAGGAAAAGCAGGGCCUUUUAAAAAGGGAAUCACAACAACUUUUGCUGCCAGGAUGCCUUUGCUUUUGAAGAGAGGAUUUUUGUUGGUGCUUUCCUGGAUUAUAGUGAGGAGUUCCCCAACCCCAGGAUCCGAGGGGCACAGUUCAGUCACUGACUGUCCAUCAUGUGCCCUUGCCACGCUCUCCAAGGAUGUGCCCAGCUCACAGCCUGAGAUGGUGGAAGCAGUAAAGAAGCACAUACUGAACAUGUUGCACUUGAGGGACAGACCUAAUAUCACCCAGCCGGUGCCCAAGGCAGCACUUUUAAAUGCCAUCAAGAAACUCCACGUGGGAAAGGUGGGAGAGGAUGGCUAUGUGGAAAUAGAGGAUGAUGUUGGAAGAAGAGCCGAAAUGAAUGAAGUUGUGGAGCAAACCUCAGAAAUCAUCACUUUUGCGGAAUCAGGCACACCCAAGAAAACAUUGCACUUUGAGAUUUCCAAGGAAGGCAGUGAAUUAUCGGUGGUGGAACACGCGGAAGUGUGGCUCUUCCUGAAGGUCUCCAAGGCAAACCGGAGCAGGACAAAAGUGACCAUCCGCCUGUUCCAACAGCAGCGGCAGCCGAAAGACAACUCUGAAGGAGCAGAAGAGUCGGAGGAUGGAGGGCUGAAAGGUGAAAGGGGCGAGACUCUGAUUUCAGAGAAGGCAGUGGACACCCGUAAGAGCACUUGGCACAUCUUCCCUGUCUCCAGCAGUGUGCAGCGACUCCUGGAUCAAGGCAAGAGCUCCUUGGAUGUGCGGAUUGCCUGCGACCUGUGCCAAGAGACUGGAGCCAGCCUGGUGCUACUGGGCAAGAAGAAGAAAAAGGAAGAUGAUGGGGAAGGGAAAGAAAAGGAAGCUGGAGAAUUCACCGGAGAAGAGGAAAAGGAGCAAUCACACAGGCCCUUCCUGAUGAUGCUCGCCCGACAAGCUGAGGACCGCCAGCACAGGCGGCGGAGACGAGGCCUGGAGUGUGACGGCAAAGUCAACAUCUGCUGCAAGAAGCAGUUCUUUGUCAGCUUCAAGGACAUAGGGUGGAGUGACUGGAUCAUUGCACCUACAGGAUAUCACGCCAACUACUGCGAAGGAGAGUGUCCCAGCCAUAUAGCAGGCACAUCCGGUUCAUCGUUAUCUUUUCACUCCACUGUCAUCAACCAUUACCGCAUGCGGGGCCAUAGCCCCUUUGCCAACCUCAAGUCAUGUUGUGUGCCCACCAAGCUGCGGCCCAUGUCCAUGCUGUACUACGACGAUGGCCAGAACAUCAUUAAGAAAGACAUCCAGAAUAUGAUUGUGGAGGAGUGUGGCUGCUCAUAGACACACGUGCGUGCAAGACCCUUCUCUGUUAAGCUGAGAAGCAAAUGUUGUAAAAGCCCAAGAAGAGGAAAGACCUGACACGGUAUAACCUUUUUGAAUGAAACAAUCAACCGAAAUAAAA